AUGGAGUUAAAUGGAGUUAUUAUAGAUUCUGUUCGAGAGGUUGGACUGGUAUCAACGAUUAAAAACUAUCUAAGUCUCAACGAAAACGAAAGUAUUCUAUUCCAAAAUGCUGGAUGGUUUCCAAAAUCAGAAAAUGAAAAAAUAAUAGUGGACGCUCAUGGUAACUUUAACGUUUGCAUACCAUUACGAUUAUUAUCAGGUUUUUUUGAAGACUUCAGACGAAUUAUAAUGAAUUGUAAGCAGGAGCUCAUUUUAAUACGAUCAAACGAUGAUGUCGAUGCAAUUGUGAGUAUUGACGAAACCGAACGCCCCAAAGUCGAAAUUACAAAAUUACAGUGGAAUGUAGCCCAUGUUAGCCCAAGCAUGCGUGAACAACUACGAUUAAAUAGUAUAGCUCAUAAAAAUAUUGAGCUACCAAUUAAAUUUCGUUCGUGGCAAAUGAUUGAAUACCCAUCAUUAAAUAAUGCGACACGGCAUACGUGGGCGGUAAAAACCAGUACUAACAUUGAAACACCGAGACAUAUCAUUAUCGCAUUUCAGAAAGGGAGAAAAUCAAAGAUUACUAAAGAUAUGAGCAAAUUUGAUCAUAACGACCUUAAAAAUAUAAAGGUAUUUUUGAAUUCUGAACGAUUUCCUUAUAAUGAUUUACAAAUAGAUUUUGACACUAACAAAUUCGCUCAAAUUUAUGAGAUGUUUGGAAGUUUUCAGACAAGUUAUUAUAAUUUAAACUUAAACCAACCGAUAUUUAACCCGCAAGAUUUUAAAACUAAGACACCACUAAUACAUAUAGAUUGCUCUAGACAGAAAGAAGUGAUCCAAAAUGGGUCCGUCGUUCUCCGUAUCGAAUUUGAAACAAAUACACCUUCAACAACUGAUGUAUCUGCUUAUUGUUUAAUUUUACAUGAGAAGGAAUUUACAUACAAUCCACUAACAAAAAUAGUAAAGCAGUAUUAA